AAAACCGAAUUUUUUAUAAGGCUGACUGAUGAAAACGUUGAUCAUGCCUAGAACGAAUAAGAACCACAGUGUUUUCACACCGUAUCUGCAUUAAUUAAUUUUAAACAGACUUUAUAACACAUUGGGAUUCUUUGCUUUGUUUUGUCAAUAUCAAGUUCACAUAGACCUGAUAAUUUAAUGAAAAUAUAUGUUGAACUACAUUUGUUUACAUAAUUGACCUACUUUAUGUCAUCCCUUUGUUGUUUGACCUAGUAAAUGGUCACGCAAAGUAGUUUUGAUAUCCUUCCUGCAAAGAAUAUUGUCUUCAGUGAAUUUGUGAAGGAAACCUUGUUAUAAAUUGUGAAGAUGUAUAGCACUGCAGUUUGGUUAAACCCUGAAAGUUGACGAUGGAUGAAGAGUACAACACUUAUAUUCUGAAGAAUCCAAAUUAUGGCAAAGUGUCUAAAGACACAAGGCUGAGCACUCCAAAGUUGACUUUCUCCGGAAACUUCACUGCAAUCAAUAAACAGUUCGACAUCAACUCCCUGGAAAGACGUGCCAGCAUGAAACGGGACAUACUGAGUGCGGUCAUGAAGAGGACGGAGUCAAGGAUUUUGAGCCAGGAUGGCGAGAAGGUGUCUUUGAAUGAGAACCCUAUGUAUGAAGACCCAAGAGAUGUUAUAGUAGAGAAACCAGCAAAACCGCCAAGGAAGAGGAACGUCCAAGGGAUAGCGGUGACGUCAUCGCCCAAAUCCAAAGACAAGUCGCUGCUCCGGGAACAGAAGAGAAAGUUGACAAAGAAGUAUGAGAGUCUCAUUACUACUCUUAUGGAUCGUUGUGAGGAUAACGUAAUACAGAUAUCAGAGAAGGACUCCCAAAUAGCAAAACUGAAGGAAAAGUUGAAAACUGUUCUUGAAUACAACCGUUUGUUUGCCGAAGAGAAUGAUCAAUUGAAAUCUCAGUAUACCACUCUUGUUAAAUACGUGGAAGAGUGUAAGAGAGCUGUUAGGGAGGAAAGAGACAGCAAUAGGGCGUUAGAAGAGAGAUGCACGGAGUUGGAGGAGAGGGUGAAGCAAUAUGAAUUGCCGAAUAGAGAUCGUCCUGAACCAACAGCCGUUCCUCUAGUGGAAGUGUGUAUGAGUUGCAGCAGCCGUCAAAUCAUACUGAACCAGGCGAGGGAACAGAAUGCAAGGCUUCAGAAGGACAUGCAAGCUCUUAAAGAUGUUCUUUACAGAUUAAAUGUCCAACUAUCUCGAUACCAAGAGAAAGUCCGGACUUCCGCGCAGACUUUAGGCGAUAAAGCGGACCACAUAUACAAACCAACAGAGAGAAGCGACGCUUUGGAUUCACUCAUCACGGCCAGUUUGGGAUAUCGGACUCAAGAAACGGCGACCACCGAUAAUGAGACGAACAAAACUGAUGAACACACCCACGGUCGACUUGUGGACCUUUCUGGGCUGCUCAGCGCUCAAGCGUUAGCCCCGCUAUUCGACGCGUACCAAGAAAACUUACAAGAAAAAGACAGUCUUAUACUCGACUACGAAAAACAGUUCGAAAAUAUCAAUAAAAAGUCAAAACAAAUCAUCGAAGAAAACAAAAGUCUAUCGGAAAAAGUGGCAAGUUUAGAAGAGGAUUUGUUGCAAGCGAGACAGAGCUAUAAGAAAGCGGUGGUGGAGAAAGAGACAGCUGAUAUUGAGAGAGCUACGUUGUUGGAGAGGGCUGAAAGGGCGGAGGCUAAGUUGAAGGAGGUUUAUGAACUUUAUGAAGAUAAGAUGGCAGCAAUGAUGCGGGACUACGAAACGGUACACCGCGAGUAUUUCACAGUGAGGAACGCGUUGGAGGCGAGCGAGGGCAAGAUGGCGGCGCUGGACGCCUUCCGCUUCCGCACCGUGCCCGCCGACCUGCACGAGAGACGGCUGGACCAUUGCAAACGAUUGCUAGAAGAAUUGAAACAUCAAUACAGCAUGGAGACGGAGAGGAAGACGGAACAGCUGGCGAAUGCUCAGCAGCAGCUCAAAGUGCUCGCGGAGAAGCACAACAAGCUGUGUGAAGAGCACGAAGGCGUGAAGCAAGAGUUGAAGGCGGCUUUGAAGAACGUCAAGUUAUACCGCAAAGCCGCGGUGAUAUUCCGGCAGCGCGUGCGAGCCGCGACCGCCCGCGCCGUGCGCGCGCGCCGCCCCGGGGGUUCCCCGGCGCUGAAACAGGCGUUGGACGCUUUGGAAAAUAUUAAAAAAGAAAUUAAGGUAGUAAAAGCCCGCGCCUACACAUCACUAGAAGAACUAGAGCGUCGCAUCGUGCAGCAGGAGCGCCGCGCUGCGCACGCGCAUGCCCAGCACCGGCGGGAGCUGGAGCGGGCUUCCCUGGCUCUGGAGCACAAAGAGGGCAUCAUACGGAAUCUUAUAGACAAGGUGGCCGAUGUGGAAGAAGUCAGGCUAAGUCAGACCAACACCAGUCGCCUUCAGGGCAUUGUGACGGACUCAGAUUCGUCGCCCUCGGACAAAGCCGGGAAGCAAGCCACUGUCAAACUGGUCCCAGGGCCCGGCGGGUACUUUCAGGAAAAAGAGGGUAGGAGAAGAAAAUCUUGAGGUUCAUUUUAGUAGUCAUGGAAUUUGAUCCUUAUGUGAGAAGUCAUAAGGGUGAAAAUUACAUGAGUAAAUGUAGGAAGAAUAUAGAGAUUAUGGUAGUCGAAGUGGUCAUGUGUUUUGACACAAAAUGUUAGUAAAUAUUUGUUGAGCCAGGUCAGUAAGUUAGGAUACAUACAAUCACGUUUUUUUCUAACGGAGCAGACAGAACUAAUAGUCUCGAAGACUGAAAUGACAUGUUGAACUGUAGGUAUGGCACAAUGAUUCAAUUGAGAUUUAGAUAGUGACAGGUUAUGGAUGAGCAAACCCAUCGACUAAAGAAGAAUCACAAGAUUAUAAGCCCCUCCCUUGAUUGGCCUUUACAAUCUGCAUAGUAAGAGAAGCAGCUGGCUCACAUUAUGUUUUUACUUCGCUAACAGACCAACGUGGAAGCCUGCGUCUAUUCCCUUAGUAGCCUUUUACGAUUUCCAUUAGAAAGGGAUGGAAUCCCACUCUGUAGUGCCGGGAACCACAAAGCACGUUGAAUGUAAUUUGUUCAUUUACUCUCUUUUUUUGGUUUUAAUAAAAUAACCUAUAUCCACCACUGCCGAGAGUUAAAUGCAUAUAGGUGGCAAGUAGUGAUUUUUAUUGUCAAAGUCUAGUCUGUACAAUUGUAGUCAAUGUAAUUUAAAGUAUUCUAGCAAUAACUGAAGGUUGGUACUUUUGUAUAUUUAUGUGUUAAUUAAUUGUUAAUAAAUAAAUAAUAUUCACAGUU